GUUGGUGUGUCUAUUUGCAGGAAAUGAAAAGGAAAGAACGUAGAAGACACCAGGAUAAACAAGUAUCUGAUCAUUUGACACUCCUUUUUCUGUUUGUGGACCAAUUGUCUAACUUGUUUCAUUCCAAACUUGGCGAUGUUGACGCCGGAGUCAUUUCUAAAAUGGAUGCAAUCCUUAAAACUUUACAAAACAAGAUAGAUGUCAUAAUCGGUGAAAAUUCUAACCUAACAUCAAUGGUUCAAGGACAUGGCACUCGCAUAAGUAAUCUUGAACAAAAUAUCAAGCGUUAUUUAAUGGAUGACGUGGUAGCCGACAGUGCUCCCUUAAAUUCAUCAGCGCAUCGCUCUUCGCAAGCUGAAAUUGUGAAUAUUCUACAAAAGCUGGACAAUCAGGAUGCUAAGGCAGCCAAUCAUGAAGUUCUUUUGGUUGAAUUUAACUUGGAAAUGCAAAAUAGGAAUAGAGAAAUAAAAAGACUGGAGGCUCAGCUUAAAACUGCUAACGAUGAGAUAAGAAAACUUCAACGACGGACGGAGUAUCUAGAACAUACUCUAGGUGCUAGAAACAUUGCUAUAGCUGAGCUAGAAGAUUACGUCAGGCAAGAGCAAUUCUCAAGCUACAAUGGUGUGCUUUUAUGGAAAAUUACUCACUUCACCCGAAAACGAAAUGAGGCGAGAUCCGGCCAACACGUAUCUACUUAUAGUCCCUGUUUCUAUACUAGUCGUCACGGUUAUAAGAUGUGCGCGCGCAUCUAUCUAAACGGUGAUGGUAUCGGAAAGGGAACACAUUUUUCAAUAUUCUUUGUUGUUAUGCGCGGUGAGUAUGACGCAAUACUCCGCUGGCCAUUUAGACAAAAGGUCACCUUUAUGUUAUUAGAUCAGGAUAACGUAGAACACGUAGUUGAUGCCUUCAGACCUGAUCCGAGUAGCUCCUCAUUCCAGAGACCAAAAAGGGAUAUGAACAUAGCCAGUGGGUGCCCGACCUUCUGUGCUAUGACACAGUUAAACAACCACGCUUAUGUAAAGGACGAUACUAUGUUUAUCAAAGUUAUUGUUGAUACUGGGGACUUAUAACCUUUAAACAAAGCUGCAAUGUUUUUUCCUGCAUAAUUUUGUUGAUCUGAAUUUAUAAUGCAUUAUAUGAUAAUAUUCGAGUGCUAUUGGUCCCAACGGGUCAUUGAAAUGAAUAUAAGCUAAAAGUGUUUAAUGUAUAAGCAAGAUAUUCUAAUCUGUUUACAAUCUCUUGCUUUGAGUGAUAACCCCUUCUUUUCCAACCCACGUUUGUUACUUAAAAAUCCUUUUUCAAUUUAUUUAAAUAAAGAAUAGUAUUUUCUGUGAUUA